AGACUAGGUAUGUUUGUUGAUGGUGAACUUCAGUACAGUGCUGCAUAACUGUCGAGUCCUUAGGAAUAGAGUAGUAGGAGGAACACCUUUAUUCCUAAGUGACUGUGGGUGGUUGGAGAAAUACAGAACACCUUCAGUAGGUAGCCUCUGAUAAAAUAAGCAAAGCCUACCUUAGGGUUUUGUAAGGGUAAGACGUGAUGUUGCAGGAUUUUCCUCUGCAUCUCUGUUCAAGCUUUCUUGAGUGCUUGCUAUUAAUAUUCUUGUUUCUGAUCUAUAGGUGUGUACUCUUGCCUUCUCUCCAUCUUUCUGAGGCUUCUAGUUUAUUUGCCUGACUAGAAAACUUUGGUAAUACAAGGUUUUUGUUUUCAUUUUUUAAUUUAAAACUUGUGAGAGAGAUUACUGUGAUUGCUGCAUCUGAAUAACUAUAAAACCUAUGACAUGUUUAGCAUCUUGGCUUUGCCUGUAACACAGUAUAUACUAAUUUUUGGUUUGGAGCUUUUGGAUUUUGUUGGUGAGUGGAAUUUGAUCAGGUACAAGGUUUUGUUCAAGUCUUAAAGCGUUUGCUAAGUUUUUAUUUUUGAUGCUUAUGUCAGUUCUGCAUCUUCUGAUACAAAUAGGGACUAUUUAAAUCUUUUCAAUUCAUAGUAUAAUUUUCCUUUUUUACUUCUAUAGCAGUGAUUAGCAUGUAGGAAUACUUUCUUCCUCCUCUUCACAAAAAACACUAACACUGUUCCAGUUUUGAUUUUUGCCUAAAAAUCUGUGGAGAUUACCUCUGACUGAAAGCAUACUACAAGGAUUCUGGUUUUUGUUACUUUCCUGCUGCUUCCGGUGCUGCCUCAGGAGCAUUGCCUGCUAAUUAUAAACAAUGUUGAUGUCUACCAUAUGUUUUGGUAGAAGAUACGGGAUUCCUGCUGUCUCAACUUGAAUGCUUAGCUUACGAGUAUUUGUGAAUAUAUAAUGGAAAGGUUGACUCCCCUGUAAUGCAGCUUUGUAAUAAACCCUUGUUUUCAACCUCCAAGGAAAUAAAGUUUUAGAUUGGGUAUUAUCUAAAAAUAUGGCCAAAUGCUGUUUUCAUUUAAAUUUGCAGAACCUGGGAACCAGAGCUCAGACUUAUAUCCCUAACAGUGUUGCAUUCCAGUACCAAUGGUGAGAAGAUGAACUGCUGCAUUUUGGACAAGCUGAAGUUUGGAACGCUGGGACAUAAAGAACCCAUUAAGAAGGAAAUUACAGUAGUUAAGAGGAGAUGAAGAGCUGUGAAAAUUAUCUGAAGUAGGAUGGAAGCUUCAGUAAUAUUACCCAUUCUGAAGAAAAAAUUGGCUUUUCUUUCAGGAGGGAAGGACAGAAGAAGUGGCCUCAUUCUGACAAUUCCAUUAUGCCUUGAACAGACAAGCAUGGAUGAGCUGAGUGUCACACUAGACUAUCUGCUAAGUAUCCCAAGUGAGAAGUGCAAAGCUAGAGGAUUUACUGUGAUAGUGGAUGGCAGAAAAUCACAGUGGAACGUGGUAAAGACAGUUGUGUUAAUGCUACAGAACGUUGUUCCAGCUGAGGUGUCACUUGUUUGUGUAGUAAAGCCAGAUGAAUUCUGGGAUAAGAAGGUUACACAUUUCUGUUUUUGGAAAGAAAAAGAUAGACUUGGCUUUGAGGUUAUUUUAGUAUCUGCUAACAAGCUGACUCGAUACAUAGAACCAUGCCAACUAACAGAAGACUUUGGAGGAUCUCUCACCUAUGAUCACAUGGAUUGGUUGAACAAGAGGCUGGUAUUUGAAAAGUUUACGAAAGAAUCAACAUCCUUACUGGAUGAACUUGCUCUAAUUAACAAUGGAAGUGAUAAAGGAACUCAACAAGAAAGAGAGAGAUCAAUAGAUUUGAACUUCCUUCCGUCAGUUGACCCUGAGACCGUAUUGCAGACAGGUCAUGAGUUACUAUCAGAGUUACAACAGCGUCGAUUCAAUGGUUCAGAUGGAGGGGUAUCCUGGUCUCCAAUGGAUGAUGAACUACUUGCUCAGCCACAGGUCAUGAAGCUCCUAGAUUCACUCAGAGAGCAGUAUACCCGCUACCAGGAAGUUUGCAGACAACGUAGCAAGCGUACACAACUAGAGGAGAUUCAGCAGAAGGUAGUCAACUGGCUUGAAGGACCUGGAUCAGAACAGCUAAGAACCCAGUGGGGAAUAGGUGAUUCAAUUAGAGCUUCACAAGCUUUACAACAGAAACAUGAAGAAAUUGAGAGUCAGCACAGUGAAUGGUUUGCAGUUUAUGUUGAGCUUAAUCAGCAGAUAGCAGCUCUUCUAAAUGCAGGAGAGGAGGAAGACCUUGUGGAAUUAAAAGCAUUGCAGCAACAGCUGAGUGAUGUGUGUUACCGGCAGGCCAGUCAGCUGGAAUUCAGGCAGAAUCUAUUACAAGCAGCACUUGAAUUCCACAGUGUUGCCCAGGAUCUGUCUCAGCAAUUAGAUGGCUUACUAGGAAUGUUGUGUGUAGAUGUAGCGCCAGCAGAUGGAGCAUCAAUUCAACAAACUUUGAAACUAUUGGAAGAGAAAUUGAAAUGUGUUGACUUAGGCUUGCAAGGCUUGCGUGAGAAGGGUCAAAGUCUUCUUGAUCAGAUAUCUAAUCAGGCAUCCUGGGCCUAUGGAAAAGAUGUGACCAUUGAAAACAAAGAAAACGUGGACCAUAUCCAGGGAGUGAUGGAAGAUAUGCAGCUUAGAAAACAAAGGUGUGAAGAUAUGGUGGAUGUGCGGCGACUCAAGAUGCUUCAGAUGGUACAGUUAUUUAAAUGUGAAGAGGAUGCUGCUCAGGCAGUAGAAUGGUUAAGUGAGCUGUUGGAUGCUCUGCUGAAGACACAUAUCCGACUGGGAGAUGAUGCUCAAGAAACAAAAGUUUUACUGGAGAAACAUCGAAAAUUUGUUGAUGUUGCACAGAGUACUUACGAUUAUGGGAGACAGUUACUGCAGGCAACUGUGGUCCUGUGCCAGUCCCUACGAUGCACUUCAAGGUCCUCAGGGGACACGCUUCCAAGACUUAACAGAGUGUGGAAGCAGUUUACAGUAACUUCUGAGGAGAGAGUACAUCGGCUGGAAACAGCUGUUGCAUUUCAUUCAAGUGCUGAAAAGAUUUUGGAAGAAUGUCCAGAGCAGCCUGAAGCUUUUAAUGACACGGAGCAAUUUGAUGAAAUUGAAGUAGUUGGGAAAUCACUAUUGGACAGACUAACAGUGCCUGUAGUUUAUCCUGAUGGGUCUGAACAGUACUUUGGGAGCCCAAGUGAUAUGGCUUCUGCAGCAGAACACAUUAGAGAGAAGAUGAAGCUAGUUAGCCUGAAAAAGCAGCAGCUGAGACAACCAGAAGCCACUACCCCAGAGAGCUAAUACUGACCUUUGCCUAUAAAUUCAUAGUAGGACUUCAGUUUGUAAUCCAGCAUGUUGUUUGCAUAUUACAGAAUUUGGCAUAAUAUAUCAAAAUGCAUUUCACAGCUGUUGCAAGUAUCAUCUAUUUUUCAAAGUAAAUGUUCUCAGCAUCUUAACACUGUACAUCUAUCAAGCCAUAAUUAUUUAACAUGCUAUGAAACCAUAGAUUCCAAGUAUCUUAUGAAAAGGAACUGUAAACUUUGCACUGAAAUUUGCUGUAAAGCUUUAUCUGACCUGUCAGCUGAUUCUCGGUUAAACAGCUGAUGCAAGCUUUGAAUGGUGCUAAUUAAAGUGUUAGGAGUUCCGUAUUAUGAAAUUGUAGUUCUUUGCUUCCCUCUAUGCCCAGGUGAUGUAGUAAUUUUAGACUGUAGGCAAGUUCCUGCAGUGUAGACAGUGGUGACCCUAUAAUUUUAAUUUGAAAUACUUUUUAAAAAAAAAAUCAUUUUUAUUGUGCCAGUAUGCAACCUGCCAUCAAAUCUUUGAUAUAUUAAAUCCAUUAAACAGAUGUUUUCCUAUUUGUAUUGAUAAUGUAUUAAAAGCUGUUUGUGCUUAAUAAAAAUCAUCUUUUUAAAAUCUAA